AUGUUCCACGAUCCUUCGGCCUAUCCCAAGCCCAGCUACCCGAUCUUCAACGGGUCUCGGUACGAACAGCUGACCAAGAACCACGAAUACCUCCGGCAAAGUGGGAUCCCCUUCGAAAGGGAAAACUUGCCAUAUUUCUUCGUCUUCGAAUGGGAGCUGGCCGGGGAAUGGGCCGAAGACGUCCAGUGGUGGUUCAUGGACUAUUGGACCCUCUCCUUCGUCUUCGUCGCCGUCUACCUGAUCCUCGUGUUCUGGGGUCGGCGAUGGAUGGCAUCUCGCCCGCCCUACGAUCUGCAGAAACCCCUUAUCGCCUGGAAUUUUUCUCUCUCCCUCUUCAGCAUCCUUGUGGUUAAUCGGUGUCUCCCUGAGGUGUACCGAAGCUUUCGACGUGAUUCCCUCUACCAAUCGAUGUGUUUGGGAAUGUGA